AUGAAAGCGGCAAAACAUGGUAACAUUCCUAUCGUUGAUUUUUUCCUUUCUCACGGGGCAGAUAUAAAUGCGAAGGAUAGCCAGGAAGGGACUGCAUUGCAUUAUGCCGCCGCCGGAGGUCAUCUCUCUAUGGUCCGACGGCUUUUAAAGCAAGAAAAAGGCCUCCUAGAUAUACGAGAUGUUUCGGAUAACACGGCUUUGCUCCUCGCACUUCACUGCGGGCAUGCUUCUGUUGCGAAGUAUUUGCUUGAUCGUGGAGCGGAUACAAGCACGAAAGCCCCCGAAGAUUGGACAGCCUUGCAUUACGCCGCUAGAAAAGGGUAUUUCUACAUUGCUCGACAGAUUUUGAAGCGCAACAAAAGCCUCUUGGAUAUGCGCACAAUCGAAAAUGAUACGGCUUUGACACUCGCGACUUUUGGGGGGCACAUUGCCAUUGUGGACUGUUUGCUGUCUCACGGAGCAGAUAUUCAUGCCAAAGAUUCCAAGGAUUGGACAUCAUUUCAUCUUGCUGCCAGUGAAGGUCAUCUAAAAAUCCUUCAACGACUGUUAAAGCGCGACUUAGAGAUACUGGAGUUACGAACGAGUGAAGAUGACACAGCUUUGACCCUCGCAACCUAUGAAGGCCAUACUGCCAUUGUGGAGUAUUUGAUUUCCCGCGGAGCAGAUAUCUAUGCCAAAGAUUCCGACGGUAGAACAGCCUGGCACCUCUCCGCUGUCAAGGGACAUUCAGAGAUCAUGAUGCUUCUUUUCCAGCGCGAUAAGAAUCUAUUAGAAACAGAAGACAGCAAUCAAACAACAGCUCUCCUUCUCGCAGGCCAAUUUGGAAGGACUUCCGUUGCCAACUACCUUCUUUCCAUCGGGGCUAAUAUCGAUGCCCGGAACUCUGAGACCGAUACAGCUAUACACCUUGCGGCUGAAAGUGGAAGUCUUGAUAUUGUUGAGCUCAUUCUACAGGCUAGACCUGACUUAUUGGAGUCCAGAGGUUUCACCGGCGACACACCCAUCUCAGUCGCACUCAAGUUGCGCCAUUCGGCAGUUUUUGAAUUUUUAUUUGACAAAGGAGCAGACAUAAUAGCCACAAAUGAGGAAGAUGAUACCCCAUUUCAUAUUGCUGCCACCAAAGGUCAUUUUCAAAUCAUUAAGCGAAUGUUGGACCGGGAUCCCAGCAUUUUGAAUGCCAAGGGAUACAAGGGCAGAACAGCUAUCUUAUCCGCUUUGAUGGCGGAUCAUGUGGUUUCUGAAGACUUGACUACUUCUGGCAAUUUGCUUAUUUUUGAGUAUUUGUUUGAGAAGGGAGCCGAUAUAAGUAUCGCGGAUGAGCACGCCGACUUGCCGUUGCAUUUCGCCGUAAGUAGGGGCUAUCCCACGGCAGUGGAACAGAUUCUGGAGAGGAAGCCUGAUCUCAUUGAAGCUAAGGGACACAUGGGUCGAACGGCUCUAUCACUCGCAUUGUUCCAGGAUCAGUUGAAUAUCGUUGACUCCCUGUUGGAGAAAGGAGCGGAUAUAGCAGUCCUGGACGACGAGGACAAUAACUCGCUUCAUGCCGCUGCAUGGGGUGGACACCUCAACGCAGCCGAAGAGAUUUUAAAGAAGAAGCCUGAUCUUAUUAAUGAGAAGGGAAAUGGGGGUCGAACGGCCCUCUCGUUUGCCUUGUUCAGAGGUCAUCUGGAUGUCUUUGACUUCUUAUUUGAUAAAGGAGCUGAAAUCACGGUGGACGAGGAAGGCGUUACCCCAUUUCAUCUGGCUGCGAAAGGUGGCUAUCUCCAGGCUGUGGAGAAAAUCUUCCGAAGUCGAUCGGAUCUGUUAAAUUCUAAGGAUGACGAUGGUCAGACAGCUCUAAUCAAAGCUUCGGAGGACGGACAUGUUGACGUUGCUACAUAUCUAUUGAAAGAAGGUGCAGAUAUCACGCUCAAAUCUAACAAUGGAAGAACUGCCUUGCAUAUGGCUUGUGAGGAUGGGUCUGUGGAAAUUUGCAAACUUCUGUUGGGUUCCUAUUCUAGGCAUGGAUCCCUCGAUGCCGAAAAAAGCUUCAUUACAGCAAGGGAUGAUUGGGAUGACACCGCCCUAAUUGACGGCUCUGUGAACGGUCGCCUUUCUGUUGUACUUUUGCUCCUAGAAACCGAGGUCCUUUUCCCUCAAUAUCCUGCCAACGUGGAGCCUUAUGUUUCUUUUGAAGAAGAGAUAAACGAAGUUGAAACCCUUCUUCUGGCAAGACUUAAAAAAGGAGAGACUGAUGAAAUACAUGAACGGAUCGAGGCGACCAUUUACUGGGCUAUCUUGAAUGGGCGAGGAGACCUGUUGAGCGAAUGCUUGAGCAAACUACUCGACACAUACGAUAUGAAUGGCUGGGAGCGAGGGGGAUUCUCAUGUGCCCAUGUCGCUGCUCUCGGUGGACAUGUCGAAAUGAUGGAGCAAUUGCUCCUGAACGGAGUGUGCACGCUCGCUCCAACCCUGAAUGGAAUCUCACCAUUCCACCUAGCUGUGAAGUAUAACCGCCUUGAUUUGGUGAAAAAGCUCAUCAUUUGGCUUGGUGCAUCCCCUGGAGGUGGCGUUUCGGAAAGUGAGGUCGAUGUCACCGUUGUUUUACGUCAGGUGCUUCAUGAUGAAGAUUCUGUUCUAGAUACUAUUCUCCGAAAGCAAGAUGAUGAUCAUACAUCAAUCUCUCUGGCUGCAUUGGGAAUGAAUGAGAGGCAUCGAGAGCUUCAGGACUUCCUAUGGGAUGCCUUGGAUAAAAGCAUUGAUGAAACCUUGUUCGUGAGUCCAAUGAGGGACCAAGCACAUCUCGUCCUGGAGUUAGCGGCGCAAUAUGAAACUCCUGGCGAUGAAAAAUACCUGGCAAAGUUUCUCAAGUUGAUUCCAACUCCCCUCACUUAUCAUUCGAGAGGCUUAAAUGUAUUGCAUUUAGCCGUGCACCACCGAUUGCCUACUGUUGUUUGGUGCCUUCUUUCCAAUGGGUCAUAUCUCAGCAGAACACACAUCGACACUGCGCAAAGUAUUGUCUCCAUGUUUGAAGAGAAAGAUGAACAUGGCAUCGUCACCAAGGAUGUCAUAGGGGAUGUAAUCAAGGGUAUUCUCGAGAGUCCCCCUCCUCUUCGGAGGCAGCAAGCUUGGAGACGCGAAGAAAGACUCCCAGAUUAUGAAUACCAAGAUCAACAUGAGGACUGGCCUGAAGGUACAGUGCUGGACUUCUUUCGCGAGGGAGACCAAGCCUCUCUUCAAGUUAAACGCCGUCCAAUGUCCACAAUCAUAUAUACUGCGGGGCCUCACAAUAUCAUGAAAGCUGGCCAAUAUCGCAAUCUCAAAUCGCUCAAAAAAGCGCUUUCCGCACCAGGGGACUUCCCUGAAGCCACAUCCAAAAAACGAAAGGAAAAACCUACUUCGGAACCCAAACGCAGAAACGAUAACACCCCUGCGAUUCCAAUGGAGAAGUCUGGCGCCUUGCCCACCAGAUCAGCUGAAAAAGACAAGGCUGUUGCUGAAGAAAGGAGAACGUUGGAUUUGAGAUGGAUCCACAUUCAUGCAAACAAUGCAAGUAACCAAAUCCAUACGCUCGGACUCGACAUUAUAGUUUUACUGAUGCUUCCUAUUAGCUUCGUUGUGUUGAAGUAUGUUAUCAUCUACCCUUGGAGGUGCGCAUCUAAUUCAAUUUAG